UUCGUUCUCAAAAUAUAGGUUCCUUUAAAACUCAACUUCCUUAGACAAAUAUCGGUGUUAAUCCAGAUGAACUGAGCGAAAUGUAACUUCCUAGUGUAUUUUGCAAUGUGUUUGACGCACAGGCGUCAAUUAGCUCUCACUACUUAUUCUUGCUGCUUUGGGCCUGAGACACCUGUCCUGAAAUUUAAGCAUAGUUUAAUGGUUCCUGGAGACAAGCCUCUGUCUGCCUCUCAUACGUGAUAAUCAAUUCGAAGCGAAUCUGAAAAUAUGAAUUGCACCAACAUGAACUACGCAAAGAAUAUUGAUGAUAACCGAAACUAAUUCAUCGAGUAAAUUUCAAUUUCAAACACCACGGCUCGGAAAGUAAUGAACAUACCCAAUAUUAGAGAAAGAUCAUAAAACAUGACCAGUCAUCUGUCUCCAGUUCAAGCAACUUCCUCAUUAAUAUGGAUAUACCUAUAAUUUUUAAUUAAGCGAGGGCUUUUUAGGUUUUGAAAGGACUAGGCCAUUUAAAUCGACACAGAACAGGUGCCUUGCUGAUCAUCGCACAACAAGUUCACUAUAAAAAGAUAGCGCGUCUUAAUACGAUCUCUCCACCAUGUCUGAAUCGACCUCAGCUGCCGUAACGACAAUAUCAUUUAUUUUAGUCGUUACAAAUGUGAUAGGAAACUCACUUGUUUGCUGGAUCAUAAAAAAGAACCGAAAUAUGAGAAUAUCCUUGAAUUAUCUACUUGUCAACCUGGCUGUAGCAGACAUCUUGUACGCGGUGUUCAUAGCACCAAAAUUUCUUGUCAAAUUGACUGUCUCCCACCCUGACGGGCUGACAGGGAUAUACCUGUGCAAAUUGGUGACAGGUGGAAAUCUUGCGUGGGUUGGAAGCGCUUCCUCGAUUGUUACCCUGGUUGCCAUCUCGGUUGAGCGAUAUUAUUCGGUCAUGUAUCUAUUUAACAAAAAAGGAAAACUCACCAGGCGUAGACUUAAGGUGAUCAUUGCUAUUUCGUGGAUAUUCUCUUCAAUCUUCAAUUUGCCGGUGUUCUUGGUCAGGUCCUUUGAUGAUAAAAGCCAACAGUGCUUUCUAAGCUAUCCGGAGGAGUGGAUUAUUAAGGCUCGGGAAACGGCUUGGCUCGUCUUGACAGUUGUUCCCUUAUUGAUAAUGAUUGGCCUAUACUACAGAGUCGUGCACCUUUUGUGGUUCAAAAAUUGUGGUGGGGACAGUCAGUUCAGCAGCAAACAAAAGGGUGUGCUGAGAGUACGAAAACGAGUGACUCUAACUGUGAUAACCGUCAGUGUCAUCUUUGGAAUCUGCUGGGGGACGAGUUCAUUUAUCUAUUUUAUGAUUAACGUGAUAUCCUGCGACUUUGGAGCAAUCGUUGUGACAGUUGCAGACAUUUUGAUUCUUUUCAAUUCCACUGUCAAUCCGUUUGUGUAUGCGUUGUUAAAUCACCAAUUCAGACAAAAAAUGAGAGGGACAACAUGCUGCUCUCGUUCCUCGCCAUUCAGAAUCCAUCAUAUAAGGAACCCACCGAGCAAAGAGUUAGCGGAUGAUAGUGUCGCUCACUUGUCGCAGACCGGAAGAAUAAGAAAAAGCGUUCCAGUAAAUGCUGUUUAUUCUAGAACUUAGUGAAUUUCAACUUGUAUAACAGCAUUAAAUGGAUUCAACAAACAAAGCUGGCAAUUGUAGAUUAGCUGAAUAUUUAGACGGUGUACGGGGCAAACUCUUCCCCAGAAAUGACUGCGAUCCCUUCAGCCGGCGCCACAUAUCUAGUAAGCGAUGUAAGAAACUGGCUGAUAAAAACAAAUGCCAAGAAAAAUGGAGACGAAUGAAAAGACACAUAGCGUGUUAAUCCAUCUGUUUAAAAUCCAUUUAGUUAUUUCUAUCCUCAUCCUUCCCACUACUGAGAAAAUAUGGCAACGACCUUAGCAAAAAAAUGAAAAUGUUUCAUAGUUAGGUUUAUUUGAAGGAUUGUUUAAAUUGCCAUAAAAUCCACUAUAAUAUCGUGAUUUCGUGAUUACAAACUUUUUGGUAAUAUCCAAUUUCUGGAUUUCAUUAUCUAUUGUGUUUGGAAAAUUUUUUUGAAUAUCAUAAAAAUGACAAGAAGAAUUUGAAAAAAAAUUUACGCUAAAUAAUAAAGUUAAGAACAAGAUUCAUAAUAGUUCAAGUAGAUGAACAAGAUUUCUUGAGUAUUUGCAAUGAAUCCUUACUUGAAAUAAGCCUGCAUAUGGCUCACGAGAUUGCACUGUGAUACAACCCGUGUUAUUUCUUUUUAUGUGAUAAAUGAUUAUUAAAAUUGGUAGUGAU